UCCCCAUCCAUCCACUCCCUCAAAAGGAGUGCCUCCUCCCUCCCUCGCGCAACAGGACCGACCGGCAAUCCGAGGGGAGGGAGGGAGGGAGCAUCCGCCCAAUCCGGCACCGGCCGGCCUGUUCCUCCGCCCGCUGUAUAAAACCGGACCCUGUGCCCCUCUCCUGCCCUCCUCCUCUCAUCCUCAUCCAUCUCGCUCCAGUCCGUCCGUUCCAUCGCUCUCUUCCCAGCCCAAGCUGCUCUGCUCCAUCGGAGCUGUCGCUUCGAUUCAGAUUGUCCAGCCUUGAUUUGAUUGCUAUAAUUCCAGGCGGACGCCCAAGGAAGCAGGGCAGCAUGGUCGCGCGGCUGCUGCUGGCGACGGUGUUCUUCCCUGUUGUGAUCUCGCGCCUGCAAGUGCAAGUUUGACGCAAGACUACUUUGCCAGGUCAGUGGCGCCCUCUCCCUUAGCCAACACAAACGAACGCGUCGGCAAUUCAGGCCAAAUACUUCCCUCCAGCUUUCUGAAGCUCGUGGCAUCGAUUCAGCAACAAUCCAGUCCCCACCUCACUCCCCUUCAAACACAAUUUUGAAUUCAACCACUAGAUAAAGCCAGCUCCCAACUCCAUCCAACAAAAUUCCCUCGAAUUCUUGUUCGACCCCAUUCCAAUCAGAAGCUCUUCCUAGCACGGGCAGAAGCAGCACUUCACCGGCCGAUGCAGGGAGACCCCGGGUACGGCCACGGUGGCUACGGCCACGGUGGCUACGGCCACGGCGCCGGCGGCUACGGCAGCGACAUGGCCGGGUACGGCGCGUACUACGCGGCGAGCGACCUGUACCCCGCGGCGCCGGCUGCCUACGAGGACCCGCUCGCCGGGCGGCAGCAGCACGACUUCCCGGCGCCGCUGACGGGGCUGGAGUUCCAGCCGUCGGACACCUGCCCGAGGAACUACGUCAUCUUCGACCAGACGUACGACCGCAGCCGCGUCAUGUUCCACCCCUCCCUGGCCAGCAAUUUCGGCGGGUACGGCUACGACCAGGCCUGCGCCGGCAACAGCGGCGGCGGCGGCGGCGGCGCGUCGGUUCGGCAGAAGGAGGACACGGACGAGAUCGACGCGCUGAUGAGCACGGAGGACGGCGAGGACGAGGACGACGUGGUGAGCACGGGGCGCACCCCGGGGUGCCGCGGCGGGGGCUCCUCCCCGGACUCGACGUGCUCGUCCGGGUGCGGCGGCGGGCGCAAGCAGGAGGCCGGCGGCGGCGAGAAAAAGAAGAAGGAGCGGAUGAAGAAGAUGGUGCGGACGCUCAAGGGGAUCAUCCCCGGCAGCGAGCGGAUGGACACGCCGGCCGUGCUGGACGAGGCCGUCCGGUACCUCAAGUCCCUCAAGGUGGAGGUCAAGAAGCUCGGCGCAUGCGGGUCGAGCAGCUAGCUUCGCUACCCAGCUGCACGGCCACUUCUGCAGACAGGCUUCUUUCGUUGUUGUUCCGAUGCCGGCUUUCUGUACUGUACCUACCCACUCUGCAUGCUUCAGACUGCAUUACGCGAGAACGAGAAUUCAGAUAGAACGAGUACUACUUAGUACGCAAUUAGAUGCAUGUUCCCGAUGCAAACUUGAGUAGUGUCAACAAUCUUCUUAUAAGAAACAAACAUGGGGUAAUGCAGUCUGAAGCAACACCUUGUAACUGCACCUUGUUUGCUCAGUCAGAUCUUUCACCAACAAGAAAACUCGAAGAAAUCUUUUCUGCCAA